GGCUGCUGCCGCCGCCGGCGGGGAAAGAAAAUGGCGCCCAGCUCGAAAGCCGAGCGGGGCGGCAGCGGCGGCGCCUCCUCUGGAGGGAAGCGGGGCGCGGCAGAGGCCGGGCGCGGCGGGAGGCGGGAGCAUGUGGUGAGGCAGCUGGAGCGCGUCAAGAUCAGCGGACAGCUCUCGCCUCGUCUUUUCCGGAAGCUUCCACCCAGGGUUUGCGUUUCCCUGAAAAGCAUUGUGGAUGAACAGUUCCUGUGUGCGGGGCACAUUUUCCUUGGCUUCUCUAAGUGCGGGCGGUACGUCUUGUCCUACACCAGCAGCAGCGGCGACGACGACUUCUCCUUCUACAUCUACCAUCUCUAUUGGUGGGAAUUCAAUGUCCACAGCAAGCUAAAAAUGGUGCGUCAGGUGCGGUUGUUCCAAGAUGAAGAAAUCUAUAGUGAUCUAUACCUGACGGUAUGCGAAUGGCCAAGUGAUUCCUCCAAGGUCAUCGUCUUUGGUUUCAACACCCGCUCAUCGAACGGCCUGCUCAUCAACAUGAUGAUGAGCGACGAAAACCACCGGGAUAUCUACAUCAGUACAGUCGCCGUGCCCCCUCUGGUGCACUGCCCCAGCUGCAGAGACAUGGCCAUCGCCCACCCAGGUGACCCCAACGCCAAAUGCUUGCAGCACGGCUUCAUGCUGCACACCAAGUACCAGGUGGUGUACCCGUUCCCCACAUUCCAGCCAGCGUUCCAGCUGAAGAAGGACCAAGUGGUGCUCCUCAAUACCAGCUAUUCUCUCGUGGCCUGUGCCGUUUCUGUACAUUCUUCCGACGACAGCAGCUUCUGCCAGAUCCUUUACGACAGGAGUCGUCACCCCCGAUCCCCUGCCGGCGAAGCGUGCCCCCCGGCCGUCCCCUCGCAGUGUCCCAGCAGCUCAAAGGACGGGCUGGAAAGAGACAGUGGCUCACGCCAGGGCACAGCUGCGUUGCAGCGACCCCUCCCAGCACCUCCGCAAGACACAGAAAGCCACGUUUCGCCGGCUGUCGCUAUGGCGAAGGAGUUUGUCGCAGACAUCUUCCGAAGAGCUAAAGAAGCCAAAGGCUCUGCCCUGGCAGAAGAGGGAGCGGGCGCUGGGCCAGACCACCUUCUUGACUCAGGGGCUUUGGGCCAGGGUGCUUUAGCCUCUUGGGAUCUCGGGAAGAGUUCGGGGUCUUGCUUGCACACCGGUGGCUUUCCCAGCUCCGCGUCUUCUGGAACAGGAAGCGCUUCUGACACAGGAGGGUCACCCAAGGGGUCUCCCAGCGCCGAACCAGAAGGCCAGCCAGCUGAGCCGGGCUACGUGAACUAUACCAAGCUGCGCUACGUUCUGGAGCCCAGCGAUCUUUCAGAGGCAGAGGAUGAAUACGAGGACGACAAGAUCUCUUUGCCCUUCGUCGUGACGGACUUGCGAGGGAGGAACCUGAAGCUCCUGAAAGAGAGGGCUGUCUGCCAGGGCCAGUAUUUAACAGUGGAGCAGCUCACGCUGGAUUUCGAGUACGUCAUUAACGAGGUCAUCCGGAACGACGCCUCGUGGUCCAAGCAGUUCUGCUCCUUCAGCGACUACGACAUCGUCAUCUUGGAGGUGUGUCCGGAGACCAACCAAGUGAUCAUCAACAUCGGGCUUCUACUCCUGGCCUUUCCCUCCCCAGAUGAAGAGGGACAGCUGAGGCCCAAGACCUAUCACACCAGCCUCAAAGUCUCAUGGGACCUGAAUACAGGCGUCUUUGUCACGGUCAGCGUGGGGGACCUCACCGAAGUCAAAGGGCAGACCAGCGGAAGCGUGUGGAGCUCUUACCGGAAGAGUUGCGUGGACAUGGUGAUGAAGUGGCUGGUGCCAGAGAGCAGCGGUCGCUAUGUCAACAGGAUGACCAAUGAGGCCCUUCAUAAAGGCUGCUCCUUGAAAUUCCUCGCCGACAACGAGCGCUACACGUGGAUCGUCUUGUGAAGCUUCGGUAGUUCGUUCCCUGCCAUAACCACGUCGGAUUCAACUACCUCCAUGUUGGAAAGUUGUUUGUUUUUCUUUUCUUUUUAAUCCCCCCCCCCUCCCUCGGCCAGACGGCCCGGAGAGGGCCUCUGUUUUGUUGGGCGGAACCGCAGCCCUGGCUUCGUCGUCUCCGUCCGCGGGGUGGGAAUCAUGAGGCCGACCCGGGCGUUUCCGAAAGGCCUUCCGCUGCCAGCGGGCUAGUCUGGGAGAGCGGCUGUUUCCGCCGUGCGGGUGAGGAGCCCUUCUCUGCAGCAGCAGGUUCGUGGGUACUUAGCAAGACUGUAAGCGGUGUGGUGGGGGGAGGAGUGUCUUCUCUGGGGCCUGCCCUCCCUCAGUGCUACGUUGGAACACUCCAGCACGGACCCCUCUAGGGCAACGAGUCUGUGCCGGAGACCGAACAGAGCAUCUCUCUGCUGGAGCCUCUGCUGUGCUCUCGCUGGAAAAGCCAUCUCUUUCCCCCCCACCCUGAAGCUUAGAUGCCAUUGCUCCCUCUCCCUUGUACGAGCCCCCCCCCCUUUUAGUUUAUCACAAGCAGGCUUUCUGUUACCUGCAAUAAACAUUAAAUUUGA